AUGGCAGUGGUUGUUAUAGGUAAGCAAGUUCUAGAGAAAGGGUGGUUAGCGGCAAGGUCAACUGAAGUCAAUCGUAGUGGUGUUGAUCUCACCACGACUCACGCUCCUUCUCGUGAUCACUCCCCAUGGAUCGAAGCUGUCGUACCUGGAACUGUGUUGGCAACCCUUUUGAAGAACAAGCUUAUAUCAGAUCCCUUUUAUGGGUUAGAAAACGAGUCGAUUAUAGAUAUUGCUGAUUCUGGGAGGCAAUACUACACUUUCUGGUUUUUCAUUGAAUUUGAAUGCAAGCUGUCAGCCAAUCAGCAUGUGGAUCUAAAUUUCCGCGGUAUAAAUUAUUGGGCUGAAGUUUAUCUAAAUGGGAAUAAAGAGGUUCUACCAAAGGGGAUGUUUCGAAGACAUUCAAUUGAUAUAACUAAGAUCUUAAAUCCGAAUGGGAAAAAUAUGCUUGCUAUUCUGGUCCAUCCUCCCGAUCACCCUGGAAGAAUUCCUACACAAGAUGGUCAAGGGGUGCGUCAUGAGAUAAGGAAGGAUGUUGCAGCACAAUAUGUUGACGGUUGGGAUUGGAUGACUCCUAUAAGGGAUAGGAACACUGGUAUCUGGGACGAGGUUUCUCUUUAUGUUACUGGGCCAGUGAAGAUAGUAGAUCCUCACUUAGUGUCGACAUUCUUUGACAAUUACAAUAGAGUUUACCUCCAUACCACUAUGGAGUUGGUUAACAGAAGCAACAUGGUUGUUGAAUGUUCUCUACAUUUCCAAGUUGGAACUGAACUCGAAGGAAAUAUAUUCCAUGUAGAGCACGUCCAUACUCAGAAUCUUUCCAUUCCCGCUGCUUCCCGAAUUCAAUACACUUUACCUGAGCUGUUCUUCUAUAAACCGAAUUUAUGGUGGCCAAAUGGCAUGGGAAAGCAAUCCCUUUACAACGUAGAAAUAACAGUUGAUGUGAAAGGUUACGGAGAGUCUGAUUCAUGGCAUCAGCAUUUUGGGUUCCGUAAGAUUGAGAGUCAUAUAGAUAGUGUCACUGGUGGAAGGCUAUUUAAGGUCAAUGGCCAGCCUAUAUUUAUUCGUGGGGGUAAUUGGAUAUCAUCCGAUGGUUUACUAAGACUUUCGAAGAAACGCUAUAAAACAGAUAUCAAGUUUCAUGCCGACAUGAAUUUGAACAUGAUCCGUUGUUGGGGUGGUGGACUUGCUGAAAGGCCCGAGUUUUAUCACUACUGUGACAUUUACGGUCUACUGGUUUGGCAAGAAUUUUGGAUAAGUGGAGACUACGAUGAAAAAGGAAUCCCACUACCAAACCAAGUUGGUCCAUUGGACCAUGACCUAUUUAUGGUAUGUGUGAGGGACACAGUGAAGUUGCUAAGAAAUCAUCCCAGUCUUGCUCUCUGGGUUGGAGGUAACAACCAACCACCACCCAAUGAUAUCAAUACAGCUAUCAAAAACGAAUUAAAACUGCAUCCCUAUUUCGAAAGUUGUAAUAAUGAGUAUAAAUAUUCCAAAGAUUUAAAAGAUCCAAUUAGUGAAUAUCUUGACGGCACACGUAUUUAUGUCCAAGCAUCUACAUGGGAUGGAUUUGGUAAUGGGAAGGGAGAUUUAGCUAAAGGUCCGUAUGAAAUUCAAAAUCCGGAGGAUUUUUUCAAGGACGAUUUUUACAAGUAUGGUUUCAAUCCCGAGGUUGGUUCUGUAGGAAUGCCUGUGGCGGAUACUGUUAGAGCCACAAUCCCAAAACAGGGAUGGAAUAUUCCUCUGUUCAAAGAAUUAUCCAACGGUUAUGUACAUGAAGUGCCGAAUCCAAUAUGGAACUAUCACAAGUACAUUCCGCAUUCUAAACCCGGAUCGGUUCAUAGUCAGAUUCUGUUGUAUGGAACACCAAAGGAUCUUGAUGACUUCUGUCUUAAGGCACAAUUGGUUAAUUAUACCCAAUACAGAGCACUAUUGGAAGGUUGGAGUUCACACAUGUGGAGAAAGUAUACAGGUGUUUUAAUUUGGAAAACACAAAACCCGUGGAUGGGUUUUAGGGGCCAGCUAUAUGAUCAUCUUCAUGAGCAAACUGCAGGUUUCUAUGGCUGUCGUUGUGCUGCUGAACCAAUUCACGUGCAGUUAAAUUUGGCAACCUAUUUUGUUGAGGUUGUCAACACAACAUCGGAAGAAUUAUCCGACGUAGGCAUAGAAGUAUCGGUUUGGGAUCUGGAAGGAGCAUGUCCAUACAAACAAGUCUUUGAUAGGCUGAAUAUACCAUCCAAACAAACACUAGCUAUUUCCGAGAUGAAGUAUCCCAAGUCCGAAAACCCUAAACCCGUAUAUUUUCUUCUUCUCAAACUCUAUAAAAUGUCGGAUAGCAAGAUAUUAUCAAGAAACUUUUAUUGGCUGCAUGUGCCUGGAGGUGAUUACAAGCUCCUUGAACAAUACAAAAGGAAUAAGAUUUCUCUCAAAAUAAGUUCCCUAACUUCGAUAAGAGGGUCCAUCUAUGAGAUCCGUAUGCAGAUAGAGAACACUUCGAAGAAGCCAGAAUCAACAAGUGCACUGCAAAAUAGCAAUUUGCUCGGAAAAAAGCCGAGUUUGUUUUACAAGAUACUGGAGAAUAUUUCUGCGAAAAAAUCCAUUGACAAGGGAGUGACUGAAAUAAAUGGAUCUAGUGCUGGAGUUGCUUUCUUCCUUCAUUUCUCUAUCCAUGCUUGUAAGGAAGAUGAGAGAGAAGGUGAAGACAGUCGCAUUUUGCCUGUUCAUUAUUCUGACAACUAUUUCUCAUUAGUACCGGGUGAAGUAAUGACAGUGAGUCUCACGUUUGAGGUUCCGAAAGGUAUUACUCCUCGUGUUAUGCUUCGAGGUUGGAACUAUCAAGAUGGGCAUAUGCUUCUGUAGCUUUAUCUAUAACUUGAUACUCUGUUAUUUGUCUUGAUUCAUUGCAUACAAAUGUAUAAUCUAAAUCUCAAGUUUAACUUGCCUACUGUUUACCAGAUUAGUGACAUAUUUCGGUAGGGCAAUUGUACUCAAUAUCAUCACAUGUCCUGCCCUAAUGAAAUAUU